AUGGAGAUGUUGUUUUCAAAAUCAAGAAGCUUAAAUCAUUUUCUACAAUAUUGGAGAACUAGAAAAUGCUGGCACCAAUACUACACCAAAAAGUCAGCAGUCAUUUCCAUACAGCAGAAAUGUUUUGAGUCCAUCAAAGCUGGAGAGCUGCAACUUGAUAACUAUGAUGAAGAUGAUCAGCAAACUUUGAAUUUCCCUGGAGGAAGGGUUCCAAUUACAACUCGGAUGAAGUUUAUCUCAGAGUCAUUUGAAAAGAGGCUUCCUUGCUAUCGAGUCCUUGAUGAUGAUGGCUAUAUAAUUCCGGGUAGUAUAUUUGAGCAGGUAUACAACUCAACAUCCGUAAAAUUGUAUUCAACUAUGGUAGCACUUCAAAUAAUGGACACAAUUUUUUAUGAAGCACAAAGGCAGGGGAGGUUAUCUUUCUACUUAACAAGUACUGGAGAAGAAGCUAUUAACAUAGCUUCUGCUGCUGCUCUCACUCCGGAUGACAUUGUGUUGCCUCAGUAUAGGGAGCCAGGAGUUCUUUUAUGGCGCGGUUUCACUCUUGAAGAAUUUGCAGACCAAUUAUUCGGAAAUAAAGAUGAUUAUGGAAAAGGCAGGCAAAUGCCUAUACAUUAUGGUUCUAAUAAGCUCAAUUACUUCACUGUUUCCUCUCCUCUCACCACACAGCUUCCACAGGCUGCUGGUGUGGCAUACUCUCUGAAAAUGGAUAAAAAGGAAGCUUGUGUUGUGGUUUAUUUUGGUGAUGGUAGCACCAGUGAGGGUGAUUUCCAUGCUGGUUUGAAUUUUGCAGCAGUAAUGGAAUCCCCUGUCAUUUUUCUUUGCCGCAACAAUGGAUGGGCCAUUAGCACUCCUGUAACAGAACAAUUUCGAAGUGAUGGAAUUGCUAUUAAGGGGCAAGCAUAUGGGAUCAGAAGCAUUCGCGUUGAUGGCAAUGAUGCUCUAGCAGUUUACAGUGCUAUUCGCGCUGCACGUCAAAUAGCAAUAAAGGAGCAAAGACCAAUAUUAGUUGAGGCCAUGACAUAUAGAGUAAGCCAUCAUUCGACAUCUGAUGAUUCAACAAAGUAUCGUUGUGUAAAGGAAAUAGAGCAAUGGAGAACAGAGAAAAACCCGGUAACCAGAUUUAGAAAAUGGAUUCAAACAAAUGACUGGUGGGAUGAUCAAAAUGAAACUAAACUCCGCGGAAACAUCAGAAAACAGGUAGUGGAAGCAAUUCAAGCUGCAGAGAAAGUGGAGAAACCUCCAUUGACAGACUUAUUUGGUGAUGUUUAUGACAAAAUUCCAUCAAAUUUGCAAGAACAAGAGAGAUUUAUUAGAGAUACUAUUAAAAAAUACCCAGAAGAGUAUCCUUCUGAUGUGCCUGUAUAA